AUGAAUGACCCUUGCCGCCCCCUGCGGGCAACCGCGAGCGGCCAGGGCGCCAGGGCGACGCGGGAGGGGCGGGGCGACGCGGACGGCCAAUCGGAGCCCGCGGCCCAGCUCCGGCCCCGCCCCGCCGCGCCGGCGCCGGCGGCGCGCGCAGCCGCCCGCCUCCCGGAAGUGCGCCCGGAGCCGGCGUCGCGGGCCGAGCACAGGCUCACUGUCCCUCUCCAGUGUCCCCGCCAGAGCCUCGGUGACGGCCUGGUUCUCCGCAGAAACAGCCCCACCCGGGAACCACUUCGCCCCCAAGGACCUGCCAAGCCAGAUGAUGCCUGUCAACCUGGGGCAGGCCCUGGCCCUGCUGGCACCGCUGGCCAAGGCCGAGGAGUCCCCGUUGUCCGGAGCAGACGCGGUGCCCCGAGGGGACCUCUCCAAUCCCGAGGCCGCCCGCCGGCUCUUCCGGCAGUUUCGGUACCAGGUGGCGUCCGGGCCCCACGAGACACUGAGGCAGCUUCGGGAGCUGUGCUUCCAGUGGCUGCAGCCGGAGGUCCACACGAAGGAGCAAAUCCUGGAGAUCCUGAUGCUGGAGCAGUUCCUGACCAUCCUGCCCGGGGAGCUGCAGAUGUGGGUGCGGACGCAGCGCCCGGGCAGCGGCGAGGAGGCCGUGACCCUCGUGGAGAGCUUGAAGGGAGACCCCCAGAGACUGUGGCGGUGGAUCAGCAUCCAAGUUCUGGGACAGGACAUCCUGUCGGAGAAGAUGGACGCUGCAAGCUGCCAAGUGGGGGAAGUGGGGCACCAUCUUGGAGUGGGGCCUCAGGAGCUGGGCCCUCGGGGCGCUCCCUCUGGCCCCAGGGAGCCUCCCAGCUGUGCCGUCAAAGAGGAGUCGGACGUGGAGCAAGAAUUAGCCGUGGCCGUUGGCGCGCCUGCUGCCGCCCCGGAGGAAAGGCUGGUGGGAGACCAGGACCUGGGGGCCUCCUUCCUCCAAGCAGCUUCUCAGGAAACAGGCAGGAGAAUGACAAAGAGAACCUGAAUUUGGAAAACUGCAGGGGCCAGGAGCCUUCUGAGGUCCCCUGCCUCGCCCCAGGGGACGCACCUUCCCAGGCCUCCUUGGGUGGCCUCUUUGGUGAGGACGCACCCAGACGCUUUGGAGAAGGGGACGGUCUCCCGGAGGCCCCAGAAAACCUUCGGGGUGAGGGACCCGCGGGCCAGCUCUCUACUCAAGAAAGGAAUUCUGGGAGACAGCACGUGACCAGUCCCCACCCAGAAGAACUGUCCCGGCUGUGGCUGGAGGGGAAGAGAGAGGCCUCCCCGAAGGGACAGCCGAGGGCCCCCAUGGCCCAGAAGCUCCCCACCUGCAGGGAGUGUGGGAAGAGCUUUUACAGGAAUUCUCAGCUCGUGUUUCACCAGAGAACCCACACCGGAGAGACGUACUUCCAGUGCCCCACCUGCAAGAAGGCCUUUCUGCGGAGCUCAGACUUCGUGAAGCACCAGAGAACCCACACGGGCGAGAAGCCCUGCAAGUGCGACCAGUGCGGGAAGGGCUUCAGCGACUUCUCAGGCCUGCGCCACCACGAGAAGAUCCACACGGGCGAGAAGCCCUACAAGUGUCCCAUCUGCGAGAAGAGCUUCAUUCAGAGGUCCAACUUCAACAGGCACCAGAGAGUGCACACGGGCGAGAAGCCUUACAAGUGCCCCCGCUGCGGGAAGAGUUUCAGCUGGAGCUCCAGCCUAGAUAAACAUCAAAGGUCCCAUCUGGGAAAGAGGCCCUUUCAGUAGCCAAAGCCCCCUCGGCCCCUUUCUAUCUCUGGGCCAUUUCAAAAUACUUCGUUCCGUCUGGGGAAAUUGCGUCUCUCGAAGGCCAGCCCUGUUCUCUCUGCUUUUUUUCUUUCUUUUUUCUUUUAUAAUGGAUUUGAAAGCCGGGUCACCUGGACACGGCUUUGGACCUGGAGGGCACGUUGGCCUCUGGGUUGGAUUUCGCGUUGGUUUAAUUUCUCGUCUCCACAUCAGGAGAGAGUGGUCUUCCUCCUUCGGAUCGUCUCUCGUGGCUCCUUGGGGAGAAAGGCUCACUGGGGGACCCUGUUCGACACGUGCUGUCUGGGGCGGGCUUAACUGGAUUGGCCGCAGUGGUGGCUCAUGGGAGGAGCCUCGGGUCAGCUGUUGGGGAACGGGGGUUGGAGAGCGGGUCUUCUGUCACAGGAGGGGCAGCGGAGAAGGCCUGUGUGUUCACGCGUGUUCUUGGUCAUACGAGUGCAAAGUCAACCUCAAGUGUGUCUCAUUCUAAAUAAACUUCUUGAGUAACCCCCUGUC